AUGCCUUCCCUCUUACGACGCCCCUCUUCCUUGGCCAGCACUUCCAGUGAAGAAAGUGACUGGCUGAAUGAACAUGCGAUUGUUAGCGACAAGGAGUACAAUGCCAUUUACUUCGAUGGAUACGCGGAGAAGCCCAUCAGCGAGCAAUUGGAGCCUAUAGCCGUUGUUGGAAUGGGAUGUCGACUCCCAGGGAACGUCUCUUCUCCCGCCCAGUUCUGGGAUAUGAUGAUCAACAAAAGGACAGGGCGAACAGCCAAAGUUCCAGCUUCCCGAUUCAACAUCGACGCUCAUCUUCACCCAAAUAAUGAACGCCCAGGAUCAUUCAAUGUCCCCGGCGGAUAUUUCCUGGACAGCAGCCUCCAGGAAUUCGACCCUGUCGUUUUCAACAUCUCACCCGUGGAGGCGAUGUGGAUGGACCCUCAGCAGCGGAAACUCCUCGAGGUGGUCUACGAAGCGUUCGAGUCUGGUGGUGUUUCCCUCAAUCAGAUUGAGAACACCAAGACCGGAGUCUUCGUUGGCAGUUUCACCAGUGACUUCCAGCAGAUGUCGUUCAAAGAGCCCGACUUUCGUCACAGCUAUGCAGCCACGGGGGUCGACCCCGGCAUCAUUUCCAAUCGUAUCAGCCAUGUUUUCAAUAUCUCCGGACCGAGUAUGACUGUGAAUACCGCGUGUUCAUCGUCGGUAUAUGCGAUGCAUAACGCGUGCAAUGCGCUGCGCAACAAUGAGUGCAACGGGGCGGUGGUUGGAGGAACCAACUUGAUCCUGACCGUCGACCAGCAUAUGAACACAGCCAAGCUAGGAGUCCUGUCACCCGAUUCGACCUGUCACACGUUUGACGCGUCGGCCAAUGGCUACGGGAGAGCCGAGGGUGUAGGCGCAGUCUACCUCAAACGUCUCAGCGAUGCGGUCCGGGAUGGCGACCCGAUCCGAGGUGUGCUGCGAUCUUCAGCUGUGAACAACAACGGAAAGGUUCCUGGGGUCGGCAUCACUCAUCCAAACCUGGAGGGACAGGCCCAGGUAAUUCGUGACGCCUACGAACGUGGUGGUGACUUGGACCCGCGUCUUACAGGAUACUUCGAAUGCCACGGAACCGGCACUGCGAUUGGCGACCCUCUGGAGGUGCACGCAGUCUCUCAAGCGAUGAACAAGAAGGGCCCCCAGGGAAUGGAUUCCACACUACUGAUCGGGGCUGUUAAGACCAACAUCGGCCACAGUGAGGCUGCGAGCGGUCUCUCGGCCAUCAUCAAAGCAGUCCUGACCGUAGAAGCCGGCAUCAUUCCGCCCACUCGAGGAGUCGAGAACCCUAACCCAAACAUCGACUGGGAGAACUGGCACGUCAAGGUACCUAGUGUGCCCCAGCCUUUCCCAACCCACCUUCCUGUCCGACGAGUCAGUGUCAAUAGCUUCGGAUACGGCGGAACCAACGGCCAUUUCAUUGUCGAGGGCGCAGAUUCACUAGUCCCUGGAUAUUCCCAUGGCCGGAAAAGGACUAAGCCAACUGAGCGAGGCGUUUUCCACCAAAAGCGGCCCUACCUGCUGCCCUUUUCUGCACACGACAAACCCACGCUGAUGCGCAAUAUCGAGGCGUAUGCAAAGGUGUUAGACGAUUACAAUAUCGUCGAUUUGUCCUAUACCCUGGCCAAUCGGCGAUCCAAGUUAGCGAGCCGCGGCUUCGUCGUCACUUGUCCCAACGAGACUACAAAGGCUUUCGGAGAGGUAGCCCAGUCUUUUGUUUUCGCGGACAAGAAGAAAACUCCCACUUUGGGAUUCGUUUUCACAGGCCAAGGUGCCCAAUGGGCACGCAUGGGAUGCGAGCUCAUGUUGUACUAUCCGAGCUUUCUGCGGACAAUUCGCAAACUCGACCAAGUUCUUGGGGAUCUCUCCAACGGCCCCGAGUGGACCUUGGAGGAUGUCUUGCAUGAAGAUUCCUCAGAAUCUCGCAUCAAUGAGGCUGAAUUUUCUCAACCCCUGUGCACCGCGAUUCAGAUGGCGUUGGUUGAUUUAUUGGAUUCUUGGGGGGUCAAGCCGGCGGUUACAGUGGGCCAUUCCUCGGGAGAGAUCGCUGCCGCGUAUGCGGCUGGUUUGGUUGGCUUCAAUGAGGCCAUCAUCGCGGCUUACUUCCGCGGCAAGACCGUCAAGGAUAUCGACACCGAUGGAGCCAUGAUGGCUGUAGGACUCGGCGCUGAAGCUGUCCAGCCCUAUCUUUCUGGAUACGAGGGACAAGUGGUGGUGGCAUGCCAUAAUUCCCCAGCACUCGUGACAUUGAGUGGAGAUGCGGCUGCCAUUGGUGCUGUGAAGGGCAAGCUGGACGCGGACAGCGUCUUUGCACGAGUCGUCAAGACGGGUGGAAAGGCAUACCACUCGUUCCAUGUGAAGCCAGCCUCCGCAGUUUACCACAAGCUCAUGCACGAGGCAGCUUCCGAGGUUGAAGCAGGAAGUCGCAAGUCCACCAGGGCCGUGAUGGUCUCCUCGGUCACGAACACCCCUCUGGAUCCCACACAGCCGCUGAAUGCGGACUACUGGUGCGCGAACCUGAUGAGUCCCGUUAAAUUAAACCAGGCAGUCCAUACCAUCGGAUCCGAUGCGCAAUACAAGGUCGACGUUCUCGUUGAGAUCGGACCUCACUCCGCGCUCAAGGGCCCCAUCAACCAGAUAUGCCGGACGGAGAAAUUCGACAAGAUCGACUACCUCCCUACCAUGCAACGUGGAGGAAACUCGGCGAUCCAGCUAUUAAACCUGGCCGCGGCCCUCGUGGUUCCCGACGAUGACGACGGGAUUGAGACCCUGUUCGCUCUUCAGCUGAGUGUCUAUUCGGAUGACGCGGGGCGCGCCUGGUGGGACUUCAAUGUGUCGUCGUGCUCGCGAGAUGGCCACUGGAACAGCCAUAUGACCGGCACCGUCGGCGUCAAUCCAUGUGCUGCUAGACAACCCCCGCGACAUGUCCCGACCUUCACCCAGCGAGCCACAGGAAAGGCGUGGAACCAGGCGCUGAAAACCGUCGGCUUCGACUAUGGACCCUCCUUUCAAGACAUGCAGAGCAUUCGCACAGACGGAAAAAGCUACCAAGCAGCCGCAUCGUCCGUGGUGAAAAGGAGCUCCGGUAUAGUUGAAGGUGAAUCUCGUUACGUCUUGCAUCCGGCGUGUAUGGAUUCAUGUCUUCAGCUCAUCAUUGUUUCGAUCUACGCUGGUCGCAUUCAGGACAUGACAUGUGGUGCCGUACCCAUACAAGUAGACGAGGUCUCAGUUUGGCAACCCUCCCAAACCCAGGAGGAAAAAUGUGACGCACAGGCUUAUGCUUGGACCGACGAGCGAGGAUUUCGAUCUUUCGUCUCGGGGACACAGCUGGUGGGAAGCGAUGGCCAACUUCUCUUGUCUAUCAAAGGAAUGCGUUGUGUUUCCUACGAGGCCGCGGUGCCACAGAGUCGUGGGUCUGAGAUCAAAGAGCAGCCGUUCAUGCAAAUGACUUGGGACAUCGACAUCGACACACUCACGGAAUCAAGUCCGAUUAAAGAUCUCAGCACCAGCGACUUGGUGGCACUGGCUGCUUUCAAAAAGCCGGGUCUCAAGGUACUCGAUCUGGCGGCCCAGGACCCAGUUUCAAUCUGCAAAACCAGCGAUUUGAUCAACUAUACGGCCACGACAGCCACUGAUGCCCAAGUUGACGUGCUCAAACAAGCCAUUUCUGGUUAUCAGCGAGCAAGUGUUCUAAAAGUCGAUCCUGCGAUGGAGCUUGAGCAACAGGGUUUGAAAGGCAACGAGUUUGAUCUCGUCCUCUUGGGAACUCCGACGGAAGGCUCCAAGCUUGAGUGGCUACUGGCACCCGGCGGUCGAGUCAUUGGAGACUCCGAUAAGUGCUUGUCCUUGAAUGAACGCUUUCAGGUGAUGAGAUUGAUGAAUGGCGUUGCCAUCGCCACACCCAAACAAGCGCAGAAUGGUGCUGCCCUUAGCAACGGCAACGGUGCCACUGGUGAUUCAACAAUUACCAUUGUCUAUCGCGACAACGUCACUGAUAUUCCCGGAGAGCUUCUUCAAGCCCUUAAGCCGCUGGGAUCGUGUCGACUCGUUGCACUAGCCGAUGCACAAAUUGCGCCGGGCAAGCACGUGGUGGUAACCUGCGACCUUGAAGGGCCCUUCUUGUCGACACUCCAGGAAAACGAGCUGUCUCGCUUGCAGGAAAGUCUCUCCAAUGCCUCUUCCGUCCUUUGGGUGACGGUGGGAGGGUUGAUCAAUGGCACGAUGCCAGAACAAGCCAUGGCCUCCGGACUCGCGCGCUCCGUGACUUCGGAGAUGGCAUCGCUCGACUUGACGACUCUCGAUUUGGACCUGAGUAACACGUCUCUGAACUGUGCUGUCCAUGAAAUCGUCCGAGCUGUGGAACGGCAGAUCACCCACGCGGACGGAAAGGAAUCAGAAUACUGCGUCGCGAAUGACCUGGUGCACAUAAGUCGAGUGGUGGCGAAUGAUACGCUCAAUCAUCACUACGGGCCCCAGAGCUCAAUCGUGCAGUCUGUGCCUUUCAAACAGUCUGACAAGCUGGUGGGAAUGCCGCAAGCCUCGAAGUUGGUUUUCACUCAUGAUGUCCGGGCCGACCAGACUGUUGGGCCUGAUGAAGUCCAGGUUCGAGUGGCCUUGAGCGACCUCAACAAAGAAGAUGUCUUUGUUCGCAACGGUACCGAUCCACUAACAACAUUCUCCCAUGAAAUUUACGGAGAAGUCACCCAGAAAGGAUCGAACGUCAAGGAGCUCGAAGUUGGUGACUACGUCGUUGGAUUCAGUCACGACAGGCUGGCCAGCUUCCAGACCGUCCAUGCGGGCAUGGUCCAGAAAGCCAACGCGGGCGACGUACCGGAGGAGCUGGUGACGUUGCCAAUGGCAUAUGCAACCGCCUUACACGGUCUUGACACUUUGUCGAAGGUGGAGCUCAACGAGGUAGUCCUCAUUCUCCACGGCAGCGGUAACUUUGGUGCCGCGGCCAUCGCACUCAGCAAACACAUGGGCGCCAGAACGUACGUGGCGGUUCCAACGAGUACGGAGGCAGCGACUGUCGCGGCACUAUUUGGUCUGCCCCUGGACAAUAUCAUCUUUGAUGUUGACAACAACCUUAUGUCAACAUUGAAGCAACGUACCGGUGGGGUAGCGGCGGAUGUGGUCUUCAGCUCAGCUUAUAUUUCACCCACUGUUGCUCACGAGUGCUGGAGAGAUAUCGCGACGUUUGGUCGAUUCAUCGAGAUCGGCCGCAAGAAUAGCUUGAAGCGCAGCGCUUUGGAUACGGUCCCCUUGGCCCGAUGCGCGAGCUAUAUGGCAUUUGACAUCAUUGAGCUAUACCACCAGAAGCCGCAACUCCUAUCCGCGUAUCUGCGCCAAACCCUUUCACUCUACCGACAAAACGCAAUUUCGCUGGUCUCUCCCAUCGAAAAGCGGAACAUUGCCGAAUACGACCAUGCAGUGGCAGCUUUCAGCGACGACUUUGCUGCUAAGAAGACGGUGAUCGAAUAUGCGGAGUCGGAUGGCCUGAUCCACGUUCAGCCUCGUCGGAUGCAAAUCCGCUUCCGGCCUGACGCGACCUAUUUCUUAGUCGGCUGUCUUGGAGGUCUGGGUCGCAGUUUGACUUCCUGGAUGGUUCAGCGCGGCGCUCGUCGGUUCGCAUUUCUGUCACGAUCGGGUACUGACAAGGCGGACGCUGCGGAUCUAGUCCGUGCCCUCGAAGGAAUGGGCGUAACCUGCCAGGUCAUUCGAGGAGAUGUCGCAAACAAGGAAAACGUUCGAGCGGCGAUCCAGAGCAUUCCGGCCAGCCACCCUGUCCGCGGUGUGGUUCAUGCCGCCAUGGUGCUUCGCGAUGGUCUCUUUCAUUCCAUGUCCCAUGACAGUUGGAAAACUUCAAUCGGCCCCAAGGUCACGGGAGCGAUUAACUUGCACGAGGUGCUGGCGAACACGGACCUGGAUUUCUUCCUAUGCACCAGCUCGACCUCGGGUAUCCUGGGAACUCCUGGUCAAGCCAAUUACGCAGCAGGAAACAGCUUCCUGGACUCUCUUUGCCGGCAUCGCGUAUUGAGAGGGCAGCCAGGAUCGUCUCUGGUGCUUCCCAUGGUCCAGAACGUUGGGGUUGUGGCAGAGAACCCCGAGAUUGAGGCCGCGCUGCGUCGCAAGGGCAUCUACGGAAUCGAUGAGACGCACUUGCUGGAGGCGAUCGAGGCGGCAGUCUUGACGCAAAGUAGCACCCAUCCGGCCGAUCAUCUCAUCGUCGGUUUGGAUCCCAGCAAGCUGAGCGAGUCGCUGUCGAGCAACGACGUCACUGACAGUUUCUGGACCGAAGACGCGCGAUUCAAAGGCAUCAUGGCGGCAGUCAAUGCAAACGCAUCAGCCAAUCACGGAAGCGCAGAAGAUACGAUCCUUAACGCGGUCAAGCGAGCGGGCUCACUGGACGAGGCUCGGGGCAUGGUCGCAGAACACUUCACCACCAGGCUCGCUCGGCUACUUCUCCUCGAAUCCGAUGUAUUCGAGCCUGACACGAUCCCUAUCGUCGAUUACGGGCUGGACAGUAUGAUCGGAGCCGAGUUGCGCAACUGGAUCUUCAAGGAAUACGACCUGAAUAUUCCUUUCCAGCAGCUGUUGAGUCCGAGUCUCACAAUCACCAAAUUUGCGGGCGUUGUCUGCGAAAACCAAGGACUGGCCUGA